AUGAAAACAAUCCCGGAUCCAAGUGGAUUGAGCCGAUCCAAUUCGAUUGGUUCACCAUGGAGGCUGAACGAUCAUUCCAUGGGAAGAGAAUUAGCACUAGUCGAUGUGUACUUGAGCAUAUUAAUGCAUGAGUCUUGUAUUCGAAUCAUCCCCUUGGAUUGCCACAUGAAAACUAUGCAUAAGUGGCACCAGCAACGGACUUCGGAAGUAAAGGCCAAACGCAUCGAGAUCAUCCAAGACGCGCAUGCGUUGAUUGGCCGUCCCGUGAAGCGGGAAAUAGAGGGGUGGUUUAAAGCUAAUCGGCAACCUCCUGUUACUUCUCGGUGA